UGAACAUUUUGUUCGCAGUAUUAUCUUUAUUCUGUCCACCACCGCCACCACCAGCAACAGAUCCACCACCACCACCAGCAGAAUUACCAGAAUAUUGUUACACGCCCCAUUUUUGUGUGCUGUGUGACACAUGUGAAGAAGACGAACCUACCACAACCAUGGCACCGACAACAACGGAAGAAGCAACGGACGCUCCAACAACUACUGAAGAACCAACCACUACUACGGAAGAAACCGCCACUACAACUGAACCAGCAACUACCACUGAAGCUAUCACAACCACUGCCGAGCCAACAACUACUGAAGAACCUACAACUACUGAAGAACCUACAACAACUGUAGAACCGACAACUGAAGAACCAACAACAACUGAAGAACCUACAACAACUGUAGAACCGACGACAACUGAAGAACUAACAACAACAGAGGCUCCAACUACAACAACCAUUCCUGCUCAACUAUGUCCAGAUCCAUCAGUAACAGCCAGAAGAAGGAGAAUGACAGGUGGAGCAGCCACACCAGCAUGUGAUGUACCAGGAGUUGUAAACGUAUAUCAUCCGGGAUACAAAGUAGUUUUAUGUACUGGUGUUCUUAUUGACGAAACAACUGUUCAAGUUCCCACAUCUUGCGGAGAAAUAGCCGCACUACCCAAUGUUUUAAGUGGUUUAGAACUUACGAUUGGAGAAGGAGCCGACGAACAGAAGAGUACAGCAGAUAGCACAGCAGAUGGAGCUAUCGCUGGUACUACAGAUAUAACUCUGACAACCCCAUUAGAUGUUACAAAAUGUCCUGGAUUACCUUGUAUGUAUGAUGCUGCUACAAUGGAAGGUUACAUUGAUUUCACAACAUGUACCACUUCUGGUUAUGGUCUUCUGGAGCCAGCUUUGCCUGAUGAAACUCCUAAAUAUGAUGGUUUACAAGGUUUCUCUAUUGAUUCAAUUGAUGACAGUUCAUGUACCAAACCGGAUGAUGUAGCUGCUGACGUUGCUACAAGUUGUGCUACUUCCGCUGCUGGUUCACCUUGUGCUGGUGAUGGAGGAUCUCCUAUUAUAUGUGAAGCAGUAACUGGUGAAAAGGUCGUCAUUGGACAAGUUGAGGAAUUCCCUUGUGAUAGUACCAUUCCUUUCACUUUCAUUGAUUUUACUAAAAAUUAA